GUUGUAAUUCCCACAGUCCAGUCAACUAUAAGUCUAUAACUUACCUUCAAUCAACCCCCAUCUUACUUCUCUACCAGUUCAUCCUCUUCGUCAUUGUGAUAACACCCCUCCCAGCAUGGCUUCAUCUCAUCGUUGGACUAAUCUACUCGAUCAACUCCAUUCAAUCCUUCCCGUCUUCGACGAACUGAUUGGCAAUGAUCCUCAAUAUAAUGCUUUUGUAAAGACUCCAGCGAUUCUAUCUCAAAUUACCUUUGGGAUCGGCACAGCUUCGUCCGAGAGAAUCAUAAUUAUUGCCAUUGAAAAUGGUAAAUGUCACGCGAGAGCCGGUAAUGCCGAGGAGGCUUCAUUUAUACUAUUUGCCUCGCCUGAACACUGGGAGCAGUUUUUCCAUCCAAUUCCAGUUGCUCCUUUCCAAAGUUAUUGGGGUAUGUUUGGAAUGAAUAUCAAGCAGGAAGGUAUUGAGGUUCAAGGGGAUCAGACAUAUUUCGCUCAGCAUACUCAUAUCUGGAGGCGUGUCCUUGAAGUCCUUCAUGACGCAUAUUGCGGGCCAAUGAAAGUGGACGGAGAGCUCGAAAUGGAUGAGGAUUAUAUUAUCGGCCGUUAUGUAUACCUAACUAUCCCAACAUGGGGAAGAUGCAAAGUAUUUUACGAACAAGCCGGUUCUGGAGAACAAGACAUAGUGUUCCUUCAUACCGCCGGCGCAGAUUGUCGGCAGUACCAUGGUGUUAUGAAUCAUGCUAAAAUGCGGGAAAAGUGCAAUAUGAUAGCUUUUGAUCUACCUGGCCAUGGAAAAAGUUUCCCACCUCAAAAUCACUGGUAAGUACAACGGUAGUUUCAUUACAGAUUUAUUGUAGAGCUCACCGGUCUGUUAGCUUCAUGACGCAGAAUGGUUAGUGGUUGGUGUCAUUGUGGCAUUAAAUCCUAUAAAAUAGUCGCUAACUUUGAAUAUUUUAGUCCCGGUGAUUAUACGAACACUGAAGAUAGCUAUGUUGGUGCUAUCGCCGCCAUAGUUAAGAAGUUGAAUUUGAAGACGCCUAUAAUAUGUGGAGCAUCUAUGGCUGGUCAAGCAUGCCUAGCUGUAGCGACUAGAGCUGAUGAAGUCGGUGCUGGUGGAGCAAUUCCACUGCAAGGGUAAGAUACAUAUCCUCUCAACAGCAUUACUGACAAUUGUAGUUGUGAUUAUCUUAACAUGGAUCGUCAAUUUAACGAUCUAUCGCCUUACAUCAACCAGUCCCUUUUUAAUCCUGAAUGGAUUUACGGAGUAGGUUCUUCUAAUCUAUUCUCACCUACAGAGCUAACACCCACUCAUAGAUGAUAUCACCGACUACCCCUCUCGUCAACAAACAACUCAUUUGGCACAUGUACAGCGGACAAGCCUAUGGAAUUUUCCACGGCGACUUAGAUUUCUACUUUGGUGGUUUUGAUGGGCGCUCCCGAGUUUCCAAUAUCGAUAUCAAGAAAUGUCCAAUCUAUAUGUUAACAGGUGAAUAUGAUUGGAGUAAUACUCCUGCUCUGGCUCAAAUCACUUGUGAUAAAAUCCCAGGCGCAAAACACAAGUCCAUACCUGGUAUUGGACAUUUCCCAGCUACGGAAAAUCCGGCAAAGUUUGUUCCUUAUUUAUUGGAGGCUAUUGAUUGGAUACAAUAUACUAGACAGCAGGAUUCGUUGGAGGCUGUUGGAUGAAUGGUUUUGUGACUCAUCGGAAAUUAAUUGUGGUGGUUAAUGUUAGAAAGGAUAUAUCGCUCUAUAUGAGUCGUUCCUUAAUCAAUAUGAACCAGAAGAGUUUUAUUUCAAUCUUGAUUUAAAUG